GGCACCCACGUAUAUAUACACUGCUCACGCCCAUCUCCGUCACUUUCUUUCACAUUUUUAACUUUUCUCUCAUUCCUUGCCACCCCCAAUAUCUUCUCUCUUCUCUCUUGCAAGUCCCAUCUAUAUCUUUUCUUCAUAUCCACUCUUUAUCAACAUCUGGGCUCUUUUUCUUCCCUCUCUUUUUGUUUCGUUUGGAGGUGGUGGUGGUGGCGGUGAUGAUGAUGAUGACGACGAUGGCGAUGAAAGAUGACUGGGUUCGGGCGGCGAUGACGGACGACAACGUGGUGGUGGAGCUGCUAGUAAGGCUCAAGCAGGCUCAGGCGGCGCCACCGGCUCCGAAAUCUCUGGUGGCUGGACUUAAAUGGGGGAUACGUCAGCCGAGGUCUAGGCCUAUGUUGAUGCGAUGCGACGCAAAGAGAGAUGGAGAUUUCAGCGUCAGCACUAGAGGUAGCCCCACCACGCCUCUUUCUUGGAGCGGUGGUGGCGGCGGUGCCUCUCCUUCCGCCGCCGACGGCUUUGAAGAGACCAGUAAACAAUUCCUUCGUUCUCCGCCAUCUGCACCUUCCAGAUCCAAGGGCAUUGCUGCUAAUGAAACCACCAGCACAACUACCAAGAGAUCAAGAAGAAAGAAGACUUUUGCUGAACUUAAGGAGGAGGAGAGUCUGCUUUUGAAGGAAGGGUUUUAUUUGAAAAAGGAGAUAGCAUCUAUGCAUGCCACUUGUAAAGAACAGAGAGCCAGGAAUGAAAACUUGAAAAGAAUUAAGCUUGAUUUGAACUUGCACACUGCAAACAACUCGAGUUUAAUUGCUAAUGAGCCUGAGAAAGUACCUUCCUGUCAACGCUCUUCUCUUGACUACAUUCCCUCAACCUUGCCCUCACAUGCCCUUGAUGAUGGAAAACCACUGUUAGAUUCUUGCAAUGUGGGCAAGGCUGUUUAUAGCGAGGAGAGUUUUUUCUUACUGCCUGAUCUAAAUAUGAUGCCUGCUGAAGAUGAUUCUGGCACUGAAACUUUAUAUGGGACUAGCUGAAAAGAUGAGUUCACGACUUCCCGUUCGUGCAGCCAAAGGUUGUGAGAAAGUGGAGGGGGAGGGACUUGGUAGAAAAUACUGAUACUGCCCAAUGAGCUGUUUGCUGAUACAACUAUAAUGAAACUCAGGCCAAGCAACAGAUAUCACAGUUAGAGUUGCACCAAUUGCCAACCCUAGAGGGUAGUGAAGAAAUCCUACCCUGUAGAUGGUAGAGAAUCUUGUCAUGGUGGAGGCUCCUAAAUUCCUCGGUUGGGGUCAACCCUUGUUACUUCUUGUUUCGGAAUUUAUGUAGAAAUAAUUGUGAUUCUUUGUAGGUGUAACCUGAUGCUCAUGGCUUGGCCAUGUUGUAAACUUCUUGAAACUAGUUGCACAGUUUUGUUGUUACAAUCUCUGUUUCCAGUCCCCCUUUUUCAAUUUUUUUAUGUUCAACUUGGGGGAGGAAUUCCGGAAAGGACUUCCCAGAAUCUCUGAUAUUAUUUCCUUAUAAUCUUCAUUACUAGUGAAAUUUCUUAUAUUGUUUAACUCUUCACCUUUGUACCAAAAUGCAAGUACGUUUGACAGACUAUAACCUGGAUUUAGAAGUAGCAAUUCUUGUCGAAUGAUAAUUCGUUUUAUCUGAAAAUUGACUUAAUGUGAAAAAUGCGAAAUGUAUUUUGUUAAAACUUUAAUCCGUGGUUUGUGCUUUAAAUUACAAGUCAACCUGGAUCACAUCUUCCAUCUGGUGUUUGUUUUUGCUAGUAGCAUUUGUCGACGAUGUUCCUUCGACUAUGUUAAAAGGUAUUAGAAGUGAAUUGAGAAAGUAUUUUUCCCAUUGGCUUUAUAUCUUGAUUCCCGAUCCUGGGGAAAAGAGCGAAGAUAAACCUUAAUUGCAAGCAAGAAAAGCAGCGUCGUAAGAAACACAGCUAAAGGUUUUUGGUC